GCGUGGGGAGGGGAAGUUUUUGCCAAUCCCCAAAGUUUAUCCCGUAAAGGAGCAACUGCGAUUUUCAUUUCCUCAACGGGUUAUUAUUUCAGCUCGUUCCCAGCCCGGGAGCGCGCGGGGAAUGUCAGGGGGAAUUCUGAACCACCGAUGGUUGUUCGCAGCCAGGGGGCACAUCCCAGGGAAUGUCAGGGGGAAUUCUGAACCACCGAUGGUUGUUCGGGGGGCACAUCCCAGGGAAUGUCAGGGGGAAUUCUGAACCACCGAUGGUUGUUCGGGGGGCACAUCCCAGGGAAUGUCACGGGGAAUUCUGAACCACCGAUGGUUGUUCGGGGGGCACAUCCCAGGGAAUGUCACGGGGAAUUCUGAACCACCGAUGGUUGUUCGCAGUCGGGCGGUUGUUUCUCUUCCCGGUUUCUGCUCGCAGGGAUGUCACGGGGAAUUCCGAAUCACCGAUGGUUGUUCGCAGCCAGGGGGCACAUCGGGCGGUUGUUUCCCUUCCCAGUGUCCGCUCCCAGGGAUGUCACCGGGAAUUCCCAAUCACCGCCGGUUGUUCGCAGUCGGGCGGUUGUUUCCCCUGCCGGUGUCCGCUCCCAGGGAAUUCUGAAUAACCGAUGGUUGUUCGCAGUCGGGCGGUUGUUUCCCCUCCCGGUGUCCGCUCCCAGGGAUGUCACCGGGAAUUCCGAAUCACCGCCGGUUGUUGGCGGUCGGGCAGCAGUUCCUGCCGGCAGUCAGGCGAUGGUUUUCCCCGCCGGUGUCCCCUCCCCGUCCGGGGCGGUUCCCGGUGACGCUCCCGGUCGGCGCCGUCGCUCGGUGCGAUGCCGGGGGAGGCGGUCACGGUGCAGCUCGGGCACUACUCGGGCUGUGUGGGCGCGCACUGGUGGGGGCUGCAGGCCGCCGCGCUGCGCGGCCCCGCCGAGCCCGCCGAGCUCCGCGCGGCCGCGCUGCUCCGGCCCGGGCGGGGGCCCGGCGGCACCGAGACCCCCUCGCCGCGGCUCGUGGCGCUGGAGCUGAAAGGCGGCGUGGGGGCGCUGAGACCCGACGGGGUGAGCGCGGAGGCUCCGGUGCCCUGGGACGGGGCCGUGGCCGAUUACCGGGACGCGCCGCGGGACAGCGGGAACCGCGCGCAGGAGCAGCUCCCACAGGGCCCCAGGACCCCCCCUCGGUGAGGCUCUGGUCCGAUUACCUGAACGUGCCCCUGCACCCCCGGAGCGUCCACGUGAUCCGGCAGUACCUGCACGAUGGGGACUGUGGUUGUCUGGAAGCCUUUGCACAAGGGGAGAGUCUCCUGCAGGACCCCGCCUGCGUGGAGGAGCUGGAGGAUCGGCUGCACUUCUUUGUUGAGGAGUGUGAUUACCUGCAGGGGUUCCAGGUCCUCUGUGACCUCCACAACGGGUUCUCGGGGGUUGGUGCCAAGGUGACAGAGCUGCUCCACGACGAGUACUCGGGGAAGGGAAUCCUCUCCUGGGGCCUCACUCCGGCCACGAGCGACGUGGGGGAUCCCCAGAGCAGCUUUUACAGGCUGCUGAACACGGCCCUUGGCAUCGUCCACCUCUCCCAGCACAGCUCCCUCUUCUGCCCUCUGUCCCUCAGUGGGAGUUUGGGGAUCAGGCCACGACCUCCUGUGACAUUUCCAUACAUAAAGUACGAUGCAUCCCUGAACUACCACAGCAGUGCAAUUCUGGCAGCAGCACUCGACACCCUCACAGUUCCCUAUCGGCUCUGGUCGUCCCAGGGCUCCAUGGUGCACUUUGCUGACUCCCUCACCUUCUCUGGGAGGAAGGUUGUGGCUGCGUGGGCGUCUCUCCCCUUCCCUGCCUUUCCCGGCUCCUCGCUCCCAGAGAUUUUAAGUGCCCACCAGCAGGACGUGCCCUGGAAGCUCCUCCUGUCCUCCUGGAGGGAGCAAAAGGUCAGCUGCUGUUUUGCUCAGUCUGUUGUGCUCCGAGGAGUUUGCAAAGAAAGGCCCAGCAGCAGCUCCCUGGGACAGCAGCCCCUGCAGGGCUGUGAGAGCCCCGAGGAGAUGCUCCAGCACUACCUCCACACCCACUUCCCAGGCUCCUUCAGCACAGCCCAUGUGCUCCAGCAGCCCUGCGACACCCGACCUCCCUUCCCCCAGUUCUUCUCUCCUCUCCUGACCAGACAAGGCUUCCUCCAGGACAGAGCCCAGGGUCACUCCUCAGCAGGGCCCAACAGAGCUGUGCAGAGCAUCCCCGUGCUGGCAGCCCUGCAGGCCUCCCCUGUCCUGCAGCAGCUGCUCUCGGGCCUCUGGCGGGACCUGCGGGCGCGGAACGUGCGGCGCUGGAGCAGCUUCUUCACGGCCGGGCUGGAACAGGACGACUUCCAGCAGGCCCUGGAGGAGCUGAAGACUCUGUCCCAGUGCUAUGAAACAGGGUUUGGGGGGGAUGGCUCCGAGGAUGAGGGGGAUUCAGACUAACCCACCUUUAUUCCCGGGGACAGAGGGAGUGGGAGCCUCUUUAAGGUCACUUUGGGAAUCAAGGGAACGGCUUUGGGGAGGCUCCAGCUGCUGCUUCCUUCUCAUUUCACCAAAAUCCCCUUACAAAGGCUGGCUUAAAUUCUCCAGCUACUCACAGCUGUGUUGUAGAGGAGGAAAGCUGCUUUUGGGGGGGCUGUUUUUGUAUGUUUGGGGUUGUUUGUUUGUUUUUUUAUAACUGUGCAAAGUGGAUUUGCUCUGCCCCAUUCAAAUAAACCCACACAAUAAAUAAGA